AUUAAGAUGAAGAGAACAGUUGGAAAGAAGGGUACCCCCCUGAGGGUACGUAAUUACAAACUUCUUUCUUUCAAACGAGUUGACCCACUCUUCCGAAACGAUAAUAAAAUGUACUGGUCGUUUGAACACGAAAUGAAUGGAGACGAAUCGGAAUGGCUUAUGAUGGCACAAAACUAA